AUGAGAGAGACAGUAGAAAAGGAACUUCACAGACUGCAAGCUGCAGGAAUCAUCACUCGGGUCGAGUUUGCAGAUCGGGCAGCCCCAAUUGUCCCCGUAGUGAAAUCUGAUGGUACUAUCCGAGUAUGUGGAGACUGCAAGAUGACGGUCAACCAAGCAGCAAAGGUUGACAGAUACCCACUCCCGUUGAUUGAUAACUUUUUUGCCCAGGUUGGAGGGGGCAAAAUCUUCACGACUCUUGACAUGUCAUAUCCUACUACGCCAGGGAUCUUUCAGAAGUCUAUGCCUUUGCAGGGUCUUCCAGGUGUGGUAGCCUAUCUGGACGACAUUCUUGUGUCAGGUGAAACACAGACCAAGCAUGAAGAGAGCUUGGAAAGAGUACUUCAUCGCUUCCAAGAAGCUAGAGUGCGUUUGAAACGGGAAAAGUGCGUGUUUGGUACAACAGAAGUGGUCUAUCUGGGCUAUAACAUAGACGCGCAAGGUCUUCAUCCUGUUGAGAACAAGGUUCAGGCAGUACGAGAUACUCCCAGCCCAUCAAAUGUGUCAGAGGGUUGGGCAGGAGCAUACAAGGAAGAAACGUUGAAGCCAUACUACAGUCGCUGGAACGAGUUAAAUACAGAUAGUGAAGUUGUGUUGUGGGUAUCCAGAGUAGAUGUUGUCCUACGUGAUGUUAUCCUACGCCAACUUCAUGAAGGUAACCCUGGGGUUACUCGCAUGAAAGAAGUGGCCCGUAGCUAUGUGUGGUGGCCAGGGAUGGAUAAGCGACUAGAGGACACCGUCAAAUCGUUUUGUCAGUGUCAAGACCAUCGCCGCAACCCACCAGUGACUCCACUCAACCCAUGGCCUUGA